AUGGACCUGGGUCUGAUUCAAUUUAAGGCAGCUUCAUGUGUCGAUGCGUCAUUUAAAUUCAGGGUCACCUCUAUUAUCUGGCCUUCCUUCGUUGCUGCCUGCUCAUUCUUUUCUUUCUCCGUUUCUUUAGUCCCUGCAGAUUACGGCAAGCGAGUUUACCAGGGAGUGAGGGUAAAGCACACGGUGAAAGAUCUGCUGGCGGAAAAGCGGUCGAGACAGACGAGUGGUUCCCGCUUCAACGGCAGCGCUGCAACAACACAGUCCUCGUUUCUCCCGCUCUCGGGUUCCCCGGCUGUGUCUGGCUACUAUGGGGUUCGGCGAUCCCUGAUGACCGAUGUGGAUUUGCAGAGCAGCAAGCAGAUCCCCAGCGAUGUCUACGCACCCUCCCUUCUAGCAAAGCCCUUUCCGUACGAAUCGCACGGGGUUCAAGGCUACCCUUCUCUGCUGGACACCUACUUCAGCGACCAAUACGGGGACCACCGCCUCACACCGGUCACUUCCGGCACAGCGUCCCUCUUCGGUACCUCGCCAGUGCCUCCCGUCAUCCCGUCUUUUCCUAGUGACUCUGCCGCGCAUUUUUUAAGUGUAAGUACAAAUGAACAAGUCCUGCCUGAUAGCCUCAGCCAACCAGAGGUCUGUUCGAACUCUCUGCAGGCCUCUUCUGCCCCCGGCUGCCUUUCCUCCCCUGAGCCAGGGGGUCCUUCCCAGUACAGAAACCCCAGCUGGAAUUCCCCUCUGGCCGGACCACAGCCCUACUCGCUGCAUGCUCUCGAAGACGUCCAGUACACGUCUGGCUACUCGGCUGCCUCCCCCUACCCUUUCUCGUCUUUUCCGACGGUGGCCAACGACCUGACGCCCAAGGCACUCCACGGCUCUCCGGAGGAGUCCGCAGACAACACCUCUCCCCACGACAGCAGCCCUCUCUGGCCCAAGGAAGACGGGAACCCACUUUGGGGGGCCUACGAAUGCCGAAGGACUUACUGA